UUUUUGUUCCGUGUAGCCUUAAAAACUUCACCCGCCAUCCAUGAACAAUGCAAACAAUUGGAACGUGCCAAAACCAGUGACUUAUUAAAAGCCAAAAUUCAACAGCGACCCAACAGAGAAGAUCUAGAAAGACGUCAUAUUCUAGAGGAAGAUGAAUGUCAUAUCGAUCCUAGUCUGGCGGAAAAACAGCGUAUGCUUAAGAAAGCUCGCUUGGCCGAUCAACUCAAUUCACAAAUACAACAUCGACCGGGUCCGUUGGAGUUGAUAAAGAAAAAUAUAUUACAUACGGAAAAACCCAUAGAAAAAAUAGUGAAAGAGGGUUUGGUUACAUUUAAGGCGACCAGUGAGGGAUUAUUAACCAGGCCUCAACAUCCCAAUAGUUAUGUUACAUUCGAAGAUGAUUCACAAUCAUCGGAAAGUGAUACGAGGCAAACACCGCCCAGGUUGGAGGGUUCAAUGGCAGUUGCCGCCACAUCCUCUUCUACAGAACUGACAAAUACCAGCACAUCUUCUACGGCAGGAGAUGUUUUACAGGCAGCAGCUGCCUCAGCGGGUAUAGUAACAGUGGCUUUGAGUAUACCCACUUCAGCAGGUCAGUUGAUGGUUACAUCUACUCCAGUGGGUCAAAAUAAAUUAAGUUCUUUGAAAUCGAAUUAUAUACCGCCACCUCCUCCCCCUCCGCUACCUAAUAAUUUGGCCAUAAAGGUUAAGCAGGAGACCUCCAAUUUAUAUGAGGAACUUUGCCAAUCUGUGGCCGGCACCGCCACCUCCCACUACUUGCCCAUGGUUAAUUCACCCUGCUCAUUUGCCUCUUCCACCUCUACUCUAAGUCCCCUUUCUUCUAUUUCCUCUCCACCACAAAGUGUUACCCCGCGACCAGUUAUACAGUCUCCGGCUUUACAAAUAGCUAAAUCAGAUGCUCCUGGUAAAGAUAAAAAUCGCAAAAAAUCUAAAUCAAAACCAGUAUCUAAAGCUAGAACUAUAAAAUUCCAUGAAUAUAAAGGUCCACCCAGUGCCGCGCAUAAAUUGUCCAGUGAAAGUAGUGCCAGUACUGAGGAAACUUCUUAUCAGUUAAUGCUGGAGCAGCAGAAUUGCCUUUUAAAGUUUUUGGAAACUUUAAAUAAAAAUCAAUCCAUAAUACCUGCCACUAGCGCGGCAUCGACCACACCCACUUCUAGUGUGGUGAGUACAGCCAGUAAAACGGGUAGUAAUCUUAUUAAUACGGUAACUACAGCCACGGCUAAUUCAUGCACAACUUUGGCCUUAACUACGCCCAACAAUGGGGGAAAUAAUGCGGGACAGACGGCAGAAACAGCCUCUAACGGACAAGGCAUAAUAGCAGCAUCUACAGGAGGGGUAACAGCGGCACCCAGACCUCCUCCUUUACCCUCACCAGCCCUAUCGGUAACUUCUUCCAUACCGCCUAGUCCGUGUACCAGUUAUGCCGAGUCCUGUGCUUCUUCCUUGCCCGAUACAACACGUUUGGAAAAAAUGAAAGUAUCAGAUUUGAAAAUGCAUUUGAAGAAACGUAAUUUGCCAGUAUCGGGACCCAAGCCUCAACUUAUAGAAAGAUUAAGGCCCUAUUUGCCUUUGGAAAACUUAGAUAAUGCAAAUAGUUCAGAAAAUAACACUGCUACAGUAGAAGCCAUGGAUCAGUCUGAUAUCAAUUCGCCCAAACCCAACAGCACACUGGAACAAGAGCAAAUGGAUGUAGUUCAGCAACAAGUCGAUUCACCACAACCUAUGACCUUACAGACAGUCAUACCACCCCAACCACAAACAGCCACCAUUAUAUUAUCCAAUGAGGAAUUGCUAAGAGAACAACAAAGAAAAAUCGAUGAAUUACAAAGACAACUGCAAAGGUCACAGCAGGAACUAUUGGAAAUACGACAAAAACAACAGCAACAGGUGAAUAUACAACAACAACAACAGCAGCAAACACAAACACCUGUGGCAACAGUAGCUGCAAAUAUUACUUUAAACAAAAAUAUGGUGGCGACCGCUUCAACGCCCUCCUACCAACAGCAAACCCUUACAGCACAACUGGUUAAUGCCAUGCCAACACAACAAAUCACUUUAAUAGCCACCACCACUACACCCUCACAAAUAGGGGGCAACAACAAUAAUAAUAAUAAAAUAAUACCACAAACAUUAACUCUACUGCAGCAGCCACAUCCACAUCUUAAGGAUAUCACAACACCGGCCAAACUAACCAUUAAAACCCAAACGAAUCCGGUGAAAUCAGUGGUGGUACCAGUGCCCAUAGUCAACAAGAAACCGAAUAAUCAAUUGCAGAUUAUAAGCAAUUUAAAUACCACGACCACAACCUCAACCACUACCAGCACUCCGGUAAUGACACAAAAAAUGGUGGUAAAACAACAAUUGGAGGCUAAAAUUCAAAAACAAAAACAGGCUCAAGCCGCUGCACAGGCAGCCGCUCAGGCGCAAGCACAGGCUCAAGCGCAAGCUCAGGCCCAAGCCCAAGCUGCGGCUCAAAUACAAGCACAAGCCCAAGCUCGAGCUCAAGCCCAGGCUUUAGCACAAGUACAGGCUCAGGCUUUGGCCCAAGCUCAGGCCCAGGCUCAGCUAAGACUCUUAACACAAAAGACACAAACUGUACUCAUUCCAACCGGUCCUACCAUAACCACCACCACAACCACACCAAAUGCCCCCAAAAUACAAGAGGACAAAUUGAAACUAAAAAAUUCAGGUGUAAAAAAUAACUCCACAGUUGCGCCACCAGCCACAAUUGUCACCAAUCAAUUACCCUUAACAAAAACCCACAACAAUUUGGGUUUGGUAUGGAAUGAAGGCAAUCAAACUAUAUUUUUGGUGGGACUCAAUGAUCAGCAUAUGACCGCCCAUACUAUAGGUAAUAUAAGUUUGGCCAAUGCCACACCAGCCACUAAAAAGUUAUUAAAUGGUCAUCAGAGAACUAAUUCCCUGCCCAGCAUAGUAUUUCCCAUAGCGGCUACACAACAACAAACAGCUGGCAAUUGUAAUCAACACAAUGAAAGUAAAACCUUAAUAACACAACAACAAUUGCUUAAAAUGCAACAACAACAGCAGCAGCAAUUACCAACACAACAAAUAAUACAAUUAGACAUAAAGCCACAAAACUUGCAGCCUCCACCACCACCACCUCCGCCGCCACCACAAUAUGAAGAGGCCACUAAACAAUUAAAGGCUAAACAGCAGCAGCAACAACAACAAACUGCCCUAUUAAAUCCUUUAAUAAAAAUUAAAGAAGAACCCCUAACUUCCACAACCACUGGGGUAAGUGGCUCUAACAGCAGCAAUGAAGUAAAUGUGAAUACCAACUUAACGGAACAAAAACCAUUGAAAUCUUGCAUUAAAUCGGAAAAAUUGAAUGAUGUUUUAGAUAUUCUCAUCAAACAAGGUGAUUUACCCAAUACGACUUUAGAGCCCAUAAGCCCACCAGCUAAUACACCCCUAACUCCCACUGGCAGCAAUGUACAAAUGAAUGAUUUAACAGAAAACUUGUUUAAACAAAUGGAGGAUACGAAAAAUAACAUUAAACAAGAAAAUCUUAUAGAUUCCAAAAAGGAUAUACCCAGUAACCAGCAGCAGCAAAAUACACAAAUACAUUCCAUGGAAAUGGAAUGUAAUAAUAGUAACAGUAAUAGUAAUUUAAAUCUAAAUUCCAUUUAUGAAUUUUAUCAAAAAACCAACAAUAACAAUAAUAUUAAUGGAGUUGUUGGAAAUACAACAAUAACGGCUAAUAAUAGCAACCACAACAAUAACAGUUUCAUAGAAAACAUAGAAAUGGCUUCACCACUGCAACCCGAAUGUCACAUGGAUAAUGAAAGUGUAGCCAAAACUUUGGAUAUAUUCCUAGAUCGUCAUCAUCACCAGCAACAACAACAACAGCAGUCAACACACCAGCAACAACAAACAUCUCCUACUCACCAUGAUAUGUUGAGUAAAGCCUGUUUGGACAAUAACUCAAAUAGAGCAACCAGCUCUCUACACUCUAACAAUUCACCCGAAGAAGCCAAACUAAAUCAUUUCGAUGAAUUUGAAUUAUUGGAAUUAAUGUCACAACAAUUAGAAAUGGAUAUACAAGAAGAUAAUUCCUCUUAUCAACAGCAAAGCCAAAAUCUAAAUAAAAAUCAUCAACAACAACAACACAAUCAACAGCAUUCCAAUGAAAAACAGCUUUGUAAUGGUUUAAAUCGUGACAUGAAUCCCAGUUUACAAACAUCACUGUCACAACUAAUGGGACAACAAAUGUUAUCGCCCUCUACAGGAGGAUUAGGGGCGGGCAAUGAUAAUAACCCCUCAGCUCAUAACCACAAUAUAUUAGAUGAUUUUGAUGCCGAUUGUUUUGUGCAACAGUUGACACAACAUCAGCAGCAACCCACACAACAGCAACAUCUUAAUCAUCAAACACAAAUGAAUAAUCUUCAUAAUAACCACCACCACCACCAUCACCAAGAUAAUAUUAAUAAUAAUUCUUCCACGCCCAUGGAUGUUUGUGAUGAUUUUGACAAUCCUUUAAGUGAUUUUAAUUUUUCUACCUUAUCACCGGAUUCCAAUAUCAAUACACCGCCACAUCCCUUUGGCAUGUCUUCGACAACGAACACAACAAACUCGCCCUCAGCAGCAUCUGCUUCUCAACAACUUAACGGAAAUUCGUUAACAACUUGUGGUUUGACACAAGCAGCUGUAGCAGCAACAACCUGUAACAAUCUAAAUUCAGCAACAACUGCUGAUAUAGUGGGUGGAGGUCUAGGCGGCUUGGCUAACUUAUCAAAUAUGCCCACAAAUUCAUUAAUGCAACAACAACAACAGCAACAGUGCCAUGAACAAAUGAACAUUUGUAAUACAAAUGGCAUGAUGGUUGGAGGUGGUAUAAGUGGCAUGGCUGAUAGUACGUCCUCUUCCAAUGCCAACGAUACAUUCACUUCAAAUUCACAGGAUAUUUUCGAUUUAUUUAAUAUUGAUGAUUAUAAAAUGUCCUGGGGUGAGGGUGACUUUGCGGUUUAAAUUUUCUUUAAGAAAGUCAAUGCAAAAUUGGUUGGUAGUUUUUCUUUUUCAUAAUAAUUUUUUUUUAAUUUAAAUAAUUUUUAUAUUAAUAAUUUAUUGCAAUCUUAUAAAAUUGUUCAGUUGAUUAUUGUUUUUUUUUCAUUGAAAAAUGUUAAUGGAAAAAAAUUAAAAAAACGGAAAUUGAAGUUUCAGGAAAUGGAAAAUCUUUAAUAUGGUAUCAAAAUUGUAUUAAAUAUUGUAUAAUUUCAACAUUUUUAGAACUAGUUUAAGAGCUAUUGCUAAGGUAUUCUAUUACAAAACCUGUUCUAUAGGAGAUUGCUUAGAGCUUAUUCUCUAAAGCUUUCAUUAAGCAUGCUGAAGAGAAAAUACCAGUAAAGAAAUUGUAAUACUGAAUAUAUUUAUGUAUUUUUUUAAGAUUGCAAUAUGCCUUAAUUUUAUGAAUUAUUUUUAUAUAUAAUUAUGUUUGUUUUUACUUAAAGU